AUGACUCUUCUGCAACUUGCUUUUUUUUUUUCAUUUGCCAUAAUAUUUUUGAGAUUCAUUUAUGUUGAUGCAUAGGUCCGUUCAUUUUUGCUGCUUGUACUCUUCCACUGUAUGCCAUAAUUUCCUUAUCUCUUCUGUUGACAGACAAGUUGUUUCUAGUCUUUGCAAUUAAUUAACAGUGUUCUUCGUAUGCAUGUAUUUCACAGAUUCCCUAGGGUACCUUUGAAUGAAAUUGCUGGAUCAAAAGAUACCUGUUGGGGAUGCCCACCUUCCCUGAUUAAAUUCUCAUUGCUUUACACACUGUUCCUUGCCAACACUAGGAAUUUCUCCACAUGGCUUCCAAAGAAGUGACCGUUACAGUUCGCCUCAUUCGUUCAUUUGAGCAUCGCAAUUUCCAGCCUAUAGUAUAUCAUGGAGUUAAUUUGGACCAAACUACAAAGGAAUUUAUAGUAUUUCUAAAGCAAGAUAUUCCUUUAAGGACCAACCUGCCACCACCAUUCAGAAAUUAUAAAUAUGAUAAACUAAAGAUUGUUCAUCAAGCACAUAAAGCAAAGACGAACGAGCUUGUGUUGAGUCUGGAAGACGACGACACACUCAUUCUGGAAGAAGACAGCACGCUGCGUGCCGGUGGAAUCGCUCAUGAAACUGAAAUUGCAUUUUUCUGUGAAGAAGAUUAUAAGAACUACAAAGCUAAUCCCAUUUCAUCCUGGUGAAAACCUCUUGGGAGCUCCCUUUUUGCAUACCUGUAUUAAGCUCUUUAUUCCACUAGUGAGUUUUGGAAAUUGACAAAUAAACUUAAAAAUUAAUCUCAGGCUCUGCUAUUUGAGCUGAAGUCUGUGGUGUUUUCUCUCUCUGCAGGUCUGCCCUUUUUCUUUCUUUCUUGUUAUAAAAUAAUAUAUUUAUGAGAAAAACAUUUUUUUUAAGUGAAAGAAAGAGUUAUUCAAAAAUUAUCAUGGA